CCUCAUUAUCUCAUCACAAGGGGAACAAUAAGAAUACAUCAUUAACCAAUAAAGUAAAUCGGCAUGGAGAAGUCACUUGCUGUUGUUGCCCUCUUUGUCUCAGCAUUUUGCUUCUCCUCAGCCUUGGCACGAAACUCACCCCUCGACAAAUUCGCCGUUGAGGGCAAGAUUUACUGUGACCCUUGCCACUUCGCAUUUGAAUCCAGACUCAGCUUCCCCUUGCCAGGUGUUAAGGUAAGUUUGAUAUGCGUGAAUGAUGGCAAUGGCACAGUGACAUAUUUGAAGGAGGGCAAAACUGAUGCAAAUGGCAUGUACAGCAUUCGUGUCCAUGGUGAUCACGAGGAGGAGAUAUGUGUGAUGGCUGCUGACCCACCUGCAGAAGGUGAAUGCAGAGAGGCAAUGCCAAACAGAUCUGAUAGGAUUGUCCUCACCAAAAACAUGGGUGCCUCCUCCAUGACACGCUUUGUCAAUCCCCUUGGGUUCAUGACACAGACAAUUGAUACACAGUGCAAUUCAGUCGUCAAGGAGUUGCAAUUGGACCAACUUGAAGAUUGAGUGCAGAUAAUUAAUGCAUCAUAAUAUCUAUUAUUCAUGUUGGAUCAAUUGUCAUCUAUCUAUUCUAAUUAACCAUUCUCCACAAUGGUUGUUUUACUAUGCAAACACCAUGUUAUUGAAAUAGUAAUAUUGAUUUGGAGUUUGGUACAUACAA